GAUGUGAUAACCUUUAAGGAUGUGGCUGUGGACUUCUCACAGGAGGAAUGGGAAUGUCUCAGUUUUGCUCAGAGGACAUUGUACAUGGAUGUGAUGUUGGAGAAUUACAACAAUCUAUUGUUUGUGGAAAAUCAUGCUAUAUGUGGAAAGUAUGGAAAGGACUUGAUUCAAGGCACACAUCACAUUGCGCAUGAGCAUGAAAAUAUCCAAAAGAAGUCUUUUAAGUAUAAUGAGCUUAGCAAUAUUUUUCAUGAAUCUACCAAAACUACACCAUAUAAAACUAUCCACAGUGAUGCUUCUCUUCAAUCCUCAAACCUAAAAAGACAUAAAACUGAAAACACUAAAGAAGUUUGUGUAAACUGUCUAAAUGUGUGUUCUAUCGUUAGACUCAAUCAAGGAAUCCAUGAAGACAACAAAGAAGAUGAUAGAAAUAAAGAAUUUGAUAAGGUUUCUGUUUCUAAACGUAAACUCGAGCUGAAGCAAAACAAUACAGAUGUGAACACUUACAAGUGCAGUGAAUUAGACAAAUGCUUUAUACAGAGAAACAAUCUUCAAAGUCAGCAGAGAAUUUAUUCAGGAAAGAAACCUCACAAAUGUAGUAAAUGUGACAAAUGCUUUACCCAAAAAUCCAGUCUUAGUAUUCAUCAGAGAAUUCAUACAGGAAAGAAACCUUACAAAUGUGGUGAAUGUGACAAAUGUUUUUCCAGACAAUCCCAUCUUAGUAUUCAUCAGAGAACUCAUACAGGAGAGAAACCUUACAAAUGCAGUGAAUAUGACAAAUGCUUUACUGACAAAAGUAAUCUGAGUGUUCAUCAGAAAAUUCAUGCAGGAGAAAAACCUUAUAAAUGCAGUGAAUGUGACAAAUGCUUUUCCAGACAAUCCCAUCUUAGUACUCAUCGGAGAAUUCAUACAGGAGAGAAACUUUAUAGGUGCAGUAAAUGUGACAAAUGCUUUACCAAGAAGUUUAGUUUGAGAAGGCAUCAGAGAAUUCAUACAGGAGAGAAACCUUACAAAUGU